UAUCUUCACUCACUCUCACAGUUGCACUCUCAGUCUCAUGUGUUAUAUCUUCGCUUCAUUCAACUUCCACCACUAAUACCCAUUCCCCAGUUCCUCUACAAAGUUCCCUUUUUUAACCUCUUUUACACAUUUUCAUGAUAUAUACCAACCUUUUUUUCUUGUUUUUUGUUUUGUGAAGCUACAUAUUCUUGACUUACUUACUCAUGCAAAAUCGAUCGUCUGCAUUUGAGAUGUAAUUCUUGUUAAAUGGGUCUAGAAAAAUAUUUCAGCUGGUUGAUUUUGCUUUCUUGGGUUUUCCUGGUUCUGAGUUUCAGAGUAAACUGCUCAGAGGUUUCUUUGAAGUUAUUGAGGACACCUCGCGCAUUUUCAAACCGGAAUUUUGCUAAAUUUGCUUUUCAAGUUUUGGUGAGUGGCAAUGGUGACAUUUGUGCGGACUGCUCCACUUAUUGCAAGCUGGAUGAUCACAUCCCUUCAGUUUGUGCAAGUGGAGAAAUUUUGUACACACGGUUGUUAGACGGAAAUCAUACUUUUGAAGUUUGCACCAAUGGAUCUCAUGGAGCUGGAUGCUCUCGUUAUAACUGGACUGUUGACACUAUUCCUCCUACAGCCUACAUUACCGCACCAACAUCUUUUACAAAUGCUUCAAAUGUUUCAGUGAACAUAUCUUUCAGCGAGCCAUGUUGGACCCAAGGUGGUUUUGGAUGCUCUUCCACGAAUUCCUGCAAUCUUCUUGUUUAUGGCCCUGGACAGGUCGUACCAAACACACUCAAUGUUAUUGAGCCAGAUCUUAAAUUUUCUGUUGUCGUGAGUCUGUCUACACGUGAUCAGUAUGGAAGAGUGGUCGUGGUAAUGGAUAAAAACUUCUGUUCAGACUCUGCUGGAAACAAAUUUAAAAGGACAGAAAAUUCAAGAAUAUUUAUGCAUUUUGAUAGAAGGUCAGUGUCCGUUGACAUAAGGACUCAAAUACCUGAAAGGCUACUACAGAUUGACAGAGAAACGAGAACAGUGCUAGCUACAAAUAGAACUGAGAACAUGAAGGUGUAUUUGUACUUUACAGAACCUAUUGUCAAUUCAUCUACUGAAAUUUUGAAUUCUCUGAACAUAAGUCAGGGGUUGGUUACUCCCAUUAGUGGAAAUAGUUUGGGAGAACGUAGAUUUGGCUUUCAGAUUAAAGGCAUAUCACAGAUGGCCAUAGUCACAUUGAGCCUAAGAUCAAGCUUAUUAUUGAGCAGACAGGGAACCUCCGUAGCUCCAGUAACUCCAGUUACUUUUCUAUACGAUAUGCAACGGCCUGCUGUCAGCUUGAGCACAACAUCUAGGAUGAGAACUUGUGAAGAGCAAAUUCCUGUAUGGAUAAAGUUCGUUAAGCCUGUAUUUGGAUUUAAUUCUUCACAUGUGUCCAUCACUGGAGGACAUUUGCAGAGCUUUCAAGAAAUGAGUAGAAGCAUUUACAUUGUCAAUAUACAAGCGAGGGAAGAUUUUGUUUCUGUGAGCAUCCCGGAAAAUGUAACCGGUGAUGUUGCUGGAAACAGAAACCUACAAUCUAAUGUUCUCCAGCUCCUGCACUAUACUGUACCAUCAAUAUCUCAAGUGCUUUCCAUCUUUGCAACUGCUGCUUUCGUGGUAACAUCUUUUGCAGCAGGGCUCCUCACUGUGUCAACUGCGAGCCUCCAAUCUGUUGGUGCAUACUCAAGACCAAGCUCUUUUAUGACAUCUGAUCCUGCUAGAAAUCUUUUUAGAAUAGCUUGUCACAUUCAGGUAUUUGCAUUGACGAGAUGGUUGCCAGUUACAUUGCCAGUUGAAUACUACGAAUUUGCUAGAGGCCUGCAAUGGAGUGUUCCCUACAUGAGGCUCCCAUGGGAAACUGGAAGCACGUUUCCAUUCAUGAUGGGACCGAGUUCCCCGACAAACUCACAUUCAUACGGCUCUAAAAUUCAUGAUUUUGGAAAGAAAACAGACAAAUACAAUGUGGACAAAGCUUCAGGAUUAUAUGGGCUGCCACUUAGUCCUAUGGAAUAUAGGUCAAUCUUCGAGAGCCAGAAUCUUCUUCCGGAAGCUCAGUAUAUCCUGGAUCCACAAUAUUCAAGUGGGUGGAGAGAUUUUAACAGAAGCAUGUUUUGGUUAGCCGUUAUUGGAGGCAGCUUGAUAUUGCUUCAUGUUUUGCUCCUUUUUAUUUUAAAGCUGAGAAAGGACACAGGAAAAAAGUGGAGCUAUGGAGCUUUGGUCUUUCCAAGAUUUGAGAUCUUCCUUUUAAUUCUGGCUAUACCUUGCAUUUGCAAAGUCUCAGUAAAUAUAGUUAAAGGUAUUUCCAAUUCAUAAGCACUAUGUUCCUUUAUGCAUUAUGCCCUAUAGCAUUGUGUUGCAACGAGUGCAUUCCACCUGAAACACAUCAAUUUUCACAUCUAAAAAUGAUGAGAUAUAUCUGUAGUGACUGAUCCCCAAUACAGUACAUAUCUAUAACAGUUAGACGCUACUUACCUUAAUCAGAUAUUGACCAGGUCAGUAGAUUCAAAGCAUUACAGCUCUUAGAACUGUGAUUUCUGAAAGAUUGUGAUUUGCAUAGAUUUUGUCACAAUGAGUUAAAACUGCCAGUAGAUCAUUACUGCUGAAGCUAAUAGAUAUUACCUGCAUAAUUGUCGUAGUUGUGUUUGUUGAAUUUGACAAAAUGUUUGUCCCACAUCGGUGGGAAAAC